CUAUCGAUCUCAUAAACAUAUAUAUAGCUAGUCACAAAACCCCACAAUGUCGCCAACUAAUUCCAACCCGAUCAACCUCACAGCCCUAGCAGCGGCGGCAACGUUCUUAACCGCCCUUCUCCUGGUUCCGACGGAGGCCUCCGUCCGCACCACCGUGAUCAUCGACCACGGGGCGGCCGGAAACUGGUGGGGGGUGCUAGGCGAUUGCCAGCAAUACGUGGUGAACGAAGCGGUGCGCGACGGCGGCGGCAGCAACGGUAAUCUGCCGUCAGGGGGAAGGCCCCGCGAGAUGUACUUGGAGAUGUGCUGCCGUCAGUUGAAAGAGAUGUCGACGGCCGCUGACGACGCUUACUGCGUGGGUAUUGAGAAGUCGAUGCGGGAGCUGAUGGAGCAGCCACGGACGCAGGUGAUAAUGCGGGAGGAAGACGUGGAGAGCGCAUGGGAGAUCGCCGGAGAGCUGCCUGGGAAGUGCGGCGCUUCCGUCUCCCGCUGCCAUUUCAACCGUCCGACAUGGUUUUGAAGAAACGAACCAACUUUGUGCGUGCUAGCUAGCUAGUAGCUACUUGAGAGGACGUUUGUCGUUUGCAUGUGUAUAGCGUCGUCAACGUUUGGAAGUUGUCGUUAAUAAGCUCUAGCUAGCUUGGUAAUAAGAAGUUUUCUUUCUUCUUAUGGUACGUUGUUUUAUGGUGUUCGAUAAUUAGGCUCCACCUCCAGUCAAUAGUCGGAUGGCAAUAGGUCAGUUUGAGUUUGGGUUUGGGUAUGGUUUUGCAAAAUUCAAAUCUAUGGGUUUAUCCGCCAAAAAAAUCGAAGUAAAAUCCGCCGGGUUUGAAAUACUCAAACCCAACUCAAUCUGCUGGAUAUCCGCAGGUUUAUAGGUACCCGUGGGUUUUUGUGGUAUAAAAAUUUACAAUAAAA